AAACUCUCCCGUUUCCUCUGCAUCUCACCGCUCAUCGCUUUCUAUACCGAUCACGGCUCAGCUCAGAAAAACAAGAUUGAUUUCUCAAUCCUAGAAGUGUCCAUCCUGAAGAUUCCGUCUAACGUCCGACAUCAUGGCAACUUCAAUCUUCUCCAGAAAACGCGACCUCACCUACCUCAUCUAUUUCUGCAUUGCAGUCCCUAUGGCCUUCAUCGUGGACCUCCAACCACUCUACCCGCAAUCUCUGAUCCCAGGCUGGAUGCAAUCCAUCACAGACUUCUACAUAGACACCUACAACGACCUGUUCUUCAUCGGCACCCCUCCUCCGUUCUUUGAGUUCUUCAUGUAUACGGAGAUGUUAAUUCAGGUUCCGGUCAUGAUUUGGGGGAUUGGUGGGUUGCUGCGUGAUUCCAAGAUGGUGCCAUUAGUUUUAUUGCCGUUCGCUUGUCUAGUCUUCAUCUCGACCGCGACUUGCAUGUAUGAGAUGGUGCAUUGGGAUGUGCCGUUGAAGCAGAGGCUGAACUUAAUGGCUCUAUAUGGACCUUAUACUGCUUUGCCUGGGGUUAUCGGAGUUGAUAUGUUCCUCCGCCUCAAGGGCAUGAUCGAAAGCUCUACCGGAGGAUCCAAGGUUGGGGGUAAGAAAAACCAGUGAGCUGUUUUAUGGAUUUUUGAUCCAUUUAGUGAAGCAGGGGUUCAGUACGAAAGUUUCACGCACAGCGAGAUUCGCGACCAGUGAUGUCUUGUUUUCUCUCAGCUCCGGCAUGCCCUUCUCCUUUCUGACACUUUGAUUUGAUUCGAUUCUUUAAUUAAAGGAGUUUCAAGGUAGCGCGUUAAAUUGGUUCGGUUGGAAAGAAUGUUUACAUCGAUGUUUACCGUAACGUUUCCAGUGACGAAACAAAAGUUUCUACUACCACAGCCCAUUUCACUAAGUCUUUGUCUUCUGGGCGAAGCAUCACGAAUCACCUCCUACAAAAUCAUAACCACUCAAAC